AUGAAUCUCUACGAUGUAUCGCGUACUUCGAACAACACAUUAUCGAGUCUCCCAAUACUCGACCAAACAGAAUAUAUAGACAUUGUUAAAAAUGUGCAAGUAAGACACAAAACAGAAAGGAAUUUACUGGCUCAGCUCCACCAACGCCAGUUUCCCCAAUGGUAUUUCGAAUUGAUGAAUGGAUUCAACCUAAUUUUUUACGGAUAUGGUUCGAAGCGACAACUACUCACGCUAUUUGCAAAAACGGUACUUAAAGACAAACCACUACUCGUCGUCAAUGGCUGCCUUCCAUCAGUAUCAGUAAAGAAUAUUCUUGCAAACAUUUUGGACAGUAUCAUAAAAGAGUCGCGUGGGAUGUCUGGAUCGGUCGAAGAUCAUACCAGUUUUAUAUUUGACUAUUUUUGUCGAGCGGAUAGAGCAAUAGAUCGAUUAUACAUCCUAAUUUUUAACAUUGACGGUGUUAAUCUACGUUCAGAACGUACGCAGACCAGUUUGAGUAUACUUGCGUCGAAUCCCAAUAUCUACAUUGUAGCUUCGGUUGACCAUAUUAACGCUGGACUUUUGUAUGAUAAUGUUCGUGCCUCUAGAUUUAAUUGGGUAUGGCAUGAUAUUACGACAUACGAGCCAUAUAUUGCAGAAACUAGUUUUGAAAAUUCGAUUAUGAUUAGAAGAGAGAAAGCCUUAGGGAUAAGAGGAAUAGAGCAUGUAUUGGGUAGUCUGACCGAGAAUGCGCGUGGGAUAUUUAAGAUAUUAUGUGAACAUCAGAUUGCUAUUAUAAGCACUUCUACUAUUGCUGGUGACGGCCAUGGCAUAAGUGGGAAAAAUCACGGCGUUAAACCAGAGGAUGUGGGUGUGGCAUAUGGUGUGCUGUAUAAGAAAUGUCGUGAGGCAUGGCUUGUUAGCAAUGAUUUGACGUUUAAGACUCAGUUAACAGAGUUUCGUGAUCAUGAGAUUAUCCGAUCUAGGAGGAUGGCCGAUGGGACAGAAAUACUUUAUAUUCCCCUUAGCAAAGAUCAGUUAAUAAAUAUUCUUGACAACUUAGAGUUCUAA